GCUUACGUGCACUGCGUGCGCUACGUAUGCAGUUGAAUAAGUGAAGUAACUAACAUGAUAAACGAUAUAUUUCAGUUUUUUAACAUUCUUCUAACAUAUAAUAAAUAAUUUUACGGUUUUUAUCGAAUAAAAUUUUUAUUUUAUUAAUUACUUAUUUAAUUCGAUUAUGCUCUUCCCCGUUUAUUUCAUGAUCCUUUUUGAGCAUACAAAUUAUCUGCAUCAUCAUAAUACGUAGAUACUUUUUACGUGUCUCUUAACAACGACAUGGACGAAAAGUCUUCAGAUAAUGUUAUUUCUGCGCAAAAGUCAUUACCAUCUUCUUAUGAUUCUGGUUGGAAUGACACACCGAAAUGGGCAUCCCCAUAUGCAGAAAAUACAAAUAUAUCUACAAAAAGAAUACUAAAUAAAAGAGUUCCAUUUCCUUUAAUUUCUGGAGAAUUAAAAAACAAUAAUGAAUGUCAAUCAAAUACAGCAGGCAUGCCAUUACCGCCACCAUCAAUUCCUCCUUUAGGUUUAAAGACAGCACCUCAUGCUCCUCUAAUAACACCUUCUGAUACAAAUACACAACUGACUUGUACUGUAACAAAAUUUGAUAAACAGCAAGCCUUAGUUGAUACUAUGGCAAAUUUGGAUUUGGUCAUUAAAAAAUAUGUUGUAGAAAAUAAAAUAGAUGAGGUUCAAAGGAGAUUAGAUUUAAUGAAAUCUUGUUGGCUUGAUAAUAAAUUAAAUGAUACUAUACAACACAAAAUACUUGACAUUUCAAUUGCAUUGAAAGAAGAAGAUGUUGAUAAAGCAGACAAACUUCAUAUUGCAUUGAUGGUAGAUCACACCAGUUUGUGUAGUGCUUGGAUACCUAGUAUUAGACAUAUCAUUUCAGCUUUAAAGAAAAGAAAAUCGUGUCCCAACGAUUUAUAGAUAUCUAUGCUUUUUUUCGUAAAAAAUAUGUGAUAAAUAUUUUUUAUAGCUACUUAGGAAGUUUUGGAAUAUUUUUUUGUACGCAUUUUCUUUUAUGUGGUCUCUAUCUUCCACAGCAAAACAGAUUUGAGUGUAUAUUCAAAUAUCAUUUGAAUUAAAUUCCAAGCGAUUGAAACGCCGCUUCAGUGCAUUACACCACAAAAAGAUUGGAUACAUAAUAAAUAAAGCUUCCAUAAAGUAGCUUGAAAAUUCAUUUAUUAAAAUACAGGUAUAUUUA